AACCCCCAAAGUUCUGGUCUUUGGAACCUCAGGUUUUGGUCUUAUCUUUUGCUAUGUGGUGUUUGAACGCUAUUGACAGUUGCAGUGAGACUACAUUGAUUGGGGUGAUCUGAUUGAUUCCUUCAAGAAUUCGCACUUUCUGUUCUACGAUUGCUUUUCCUGGGAAGAUCGAUUCGCGUUGAGAUACCUUGUUGGAGUUGGAGAUGAUAACAUUUGGGACAGCCAGUGAAGGGGGUCGUGUACUGAACCUGGGAGCUGACUGAUGGGUUUAUCCAAUCCGAUUAAUUUAACAAGUUUGCAUUCCUUCCAAUGGCCUCCAAAUCUGUUAUUAAAGGUUCUCUGGAAAAGCAGAGCAAAACAAUUGGUAGUCAAACAUUAGAAGGAAAUUCUCGAAGGCCUUCACCUUUGCAGGUGUUCAAGACUAGUGUAUCCGAGCCUGCCACCCCCAAAAAAUUACCCUGCAGUGUUCAAGAAGUUCCUUCUAAGCAGGUUACCGUGGAAGCAAUUGUAAACAAGAAGUCACAGGAUUCUCGACAGAAUGGAUCUGCCAAUUAUUUAGCUGAUCAAUUAGAUUUAAGCUUGUCUUUGGGUGAUUCAAAAGCAGUGCCAAUAGGUAUAAAUCCUGCAAUAAGUGAAACAAAGGGCACACUUGAAGGUAUAGCUGAUCAGGACAAGAAAACGGCAGAGCCUAGAACUGUCAAGGAUAGCUCAGUCUCUGCUAAGGUUAGUGAUGGAACCAGCAGCUUUGCAAAAACCAGCAGAAGUGCCAAGGUUAGUGAUCGGGCUGAUUUCGUUGAGAGUGGCAAGAGCAGCAUGUGUAGGGGUAGCACAAGUAGUGAUGUAAGUGAUGAGAGUACUUGUAGCAGCUUAAGUAGCAGUAUUAACAGACCUCAUAAAGCAAAUGACUCAAGAUGGGAGGCCAUCCAAGCUGUCAGAGCAAAAGAGGGGAUCCUAGGUUUGAGCCAUUUCCGAUUGCUGAAGAGGUUGGGCUGUGGGGACAUUGGUAGUGUCUAUCUUUCAGAGUUGAGUGGUACGAAGUGUUAUUUUGCCAUGAAGGUCAUGGACAAAGCAUCACUAGCAGGCCGUAAGAAGUUGCUCCGCGCUCAGACAGAAAGAGAGAUACUGCAGUCUUUGGACCAUCCCUUCCUUCCGACUUUAUAUUCCCAUUUUGAGACAGACAAAUUCUCAUGCUUGGUGAUGGAGUUCUGCCCAGGAGGUGACUUACAUAUGCUUAGGCAAAGGCAACCGGGAAAGCAUUUUUCUGAACAAGCUGUGAAGUUCUAUGUGGCAGAGGUCCUCCUUGCUUUGGAAUACCUCCACAUGCUCGGGAUUGUGUACCGUGACCUCAAGCCAGAAAACGUCCUUGUGAGGGAAGAUGGACACAUAAUGCUCUCUGACUUUGACCUUUCCCUCCGCUGUGCUGUGAGCCCAACACUAGUCAAGUCGUCCUCCUUUGAGACUGAACCCCUACGGAAGAACCCUGUAUAUUGUGUCCAACCUGCUUGCAUUGAGCCCUCUUGUAUUCAGCCAUCCUGUGUGGCUCCUACAACAUGUUUUGGCCCUCGCCUCUUUUCAAGUAAAUCCAAGAAAGAUCGGAAACCAAAAAAUGAAAUUGGAAACCAAGUUAGCCCAUUGCCAGAGCUUAUUGCAGAGCCAACAGGGGCACGGUCAAUGUCCUUUGUUGGGACCCACGAGUACUUGGCCCCUGAAAUCAUCAAAGGUGAGGGGCAUGGCAGUGCUGUGGACUGGUGGACUUUUGGAAUCUUUUUGUAUGAAUUAUUGUUCGGCAAGACUCCCUUCAAGGGAUCUGGGAACCGGGCCACCCUUUUCAACGUUGUGGGUCAGCCACUUCGAUUCCCAGAAUCACCUGUUGUCGGGUUUUCAGCGAGGGAUCUUAUAAGAGGCUUGUUAGUAAAAGAGCCACAGCACAGGUUGGCAUACAAGCGAGGUGCAACAGAGAUAAAACAACAUCCCUUCUUUGAUGGUGUAAACUGGGCAUUGAUUCGUUGUGCAAGUCCUCCAGAGAUCCCAAAGCCAGUUGAGGUUGAGCGCAUUCCAGCCCCACCAGCAUCUAGUAGUGAGAAAGCUACU